AUGCUCGUUAGCAGACGUAGCUCCGCUCAGAUCCAAAGGGAGAAGGACCGGCAAGUGCACGAGAGGCAGCAAAGUCAGCCAGACAACACUGCACACAGGACGUCAUUUGCGGACUUCCAGCUGACGCUGAUGAGCCAGCAGAGCCAAAGGCGCUCGGACAGUUUUGACCCACAGCAGACAACAUUGGUCAAGAUGACCCGGCCAUUCAUCCGACACGUUGACUAUUCAGAUGAGGGAGGUGAGGCGGAACAGGCUCCUCCACCCUCGGAACCAAGUGAAGGUUUUGGCAAUGGCAACGACAGCUCCGAGGGAGACGGACUACUCCCAGCCAAAGACGUGAGCAACUUCGGAGACGACACCACCGGGAACCAUGAGAUGAGGACAGGCAACGAAGAUACGAGCUACAAUGACGAAGAGGAGUUUACCGGUUUUGGAGAUACAUUUUGGGGGCUUAACGCAGACGUAGACAGCAAAUCUGUUUUAGGUGGUGACGGUGGGGAGCAAGGCAGUAACGCGCGGGCGCAAGUGCGUGAGUAG